GUGAUCCAGAGACAAAUCAAAGUCGGCCCGGUCGGUGGUCGUGUGAUCUGUGAGAAGUAAAGUGAAGUUAAAGUUUCGAAGAACCUCAAUACGCAAUGUGUCAAUAGAUGCGCGGAAACGAUACCUCGGUCGUGACCGUUCCAUAUGGCUACAGUUUUCGAGUAGUGUGCGGGUUCCGAGCCGUACGAUGGGAGCCGCAGUGUACAAGGCGCUGGCUCACAGCGUUCAAAGCAGUGGACCCUUGCCCCGAGCGUAAACGCUGCUGUGUAGUGCAAAACCGUGCGGAAAGCCGGCGGGGGUGGAGAAAGCUAGGGAACGUUCCCUCACCCUCCGUACCCGGUUCCCUGUCGUCCCCUAAACCCGCCCCCACGACUCCAACGCAUCUUGUCGGAUAAUGCCAUUGCGAAAGUAUCGACUCGUCUCGUCCGUGAGCAACAGCGGCACCAGCAUUAGUAGUGGUGGUAGCAGCGCCAACACCUACAGUGGCAGCUCCAGUAGCGGCACGUUCACACUCACGUCCACCAUAACGACCCUGGCUAGUGCGGCCGGUGGUGGCGCCAGUCCGGUGGCGUCCAUCGGACAUCAUCACCACCAUCAUCUGCACCAUCAACAGGCGGCGCAACAGCAGCAUCCACACGUACAGCUGCAAACGGCCAACGUGGCCGUACUGCAAACGCGUCCACGACAGCAGCAACAGCUCACCAACACCCACCAUUAUCAUCACCAUCAUCACCACCAUCAUCACCAGCAGCAGCAGCAGCAGCAACAACAGUUACUACAGCAAGGAUCCAUCACUACGGUGCAGGGACAAACGCGACUAUCGACACAUUACACCACGCACCAACAGCUCCAACAUCAUACACAGCAGCAGCAAGAGCAGCAGCAGCAGCAGCAGCAACAGCAGCAUCAGCAGGCGGUUACGCUUGGCACGCAUCACCACCAUCAUCAGCCGGUACCGGUGCAGAUCCUGCAGACCGUACCGGCGGCAGCGGCACCACCCAUCGUGGACCCACUGCCCCUUUGCCUCGAUGCUAACGGGACGUAUCUUUGCACGUCCUACAAUCCUCGCUGUUACAUCAUUCAAAAGCUCACUCCAACACCUGUUAGCUGCAUUACGUACGAGGUAACACCUGUCCCAGCACCGCUCGUUGCUCAACCCACAGUACUGACCGCUUCUAACCUAUCCGCCACGACGGUGGCCACCGCUGGACCGACCGUUCAAACGCUCGCUAGCGUAGAUGAGUUGAUCACUACCUACAACAAGGCUACUGCUACCAUUCCGCUAAUCAGUACUACGGCAGUUCCUACGGCCGGAUUGGAACUGACAACUGUAACACCUGACCGUUACAGCAACAGCAGCAGAAGCAGCAACAGUGGUGCCAACAGUAACCCGCAUUACACCGUCGGUGGCGAUGAACAAGCCUCCUCAUCAUGUCUGGUGGCAGUUGAAACGGGUGGUGGUGUACUAUCGUUAGCAAAUCGUGUGACCAGAACACAGGAAAAGGACGCCACCGAUCGAAUAGCCGGAGCGGCCAUUCGUGGUACGAGUGAUCUUCAGGCUGUCGUUAGGAGUGAUGCGCGAUCUUCGGGUUUGCUAAUGGCUGGCACUGAAAUGGUUAAUGCCGUGGAAGCGGUCGGAACCGGUGUGGAUUUUGACGCAAACGUGGCAAAGACCAGCAGUGAUAGUGUUAGUGUUGUUAGCUGUAGUCAUAGUGAAAGUGUAAUAUCUUGUGCCAAUACAAUCGCCAAUCAGCAACACUACCCAUCGGGUGGUGACAGAGCGCAUCGCACCAGCAGCUUGUUAAAGGCGAAGGUACAAUGGGCUGUGCAACCGUCUGGCGCUAGCGGGUCCAUCCCUCCAACUGGUGGACGUACCGAUGGCUUCGUGCUGAUGAAUGGUGGAGACAACACAACAGGCAAACUGUCCGCAAUCGUUUCGACAUCGAUUUAUACAGCUCCCGGUGUGGGAGAGGUCGCCGCCACCACACCGACAGCAGCAGCAGCAGCAGCAGCAGCAGCAGCAGCAAGCACAAUCAUAACCGGCGGAAUGUCCAGUAUGACGAUCGUUCCCCAGCAGCAGCAGCAAUCGCUGCCAUCACAGCAGCAACAAACUCCACCACCACCAGCGGUGGAUUACAGCACCCUGAACGGAACCGGAACCACCUCGGUCGGUGUUGCGAAUGAUACAGCUUCGGCCGCCGCCACACCGGAGUACUACGCCGAAGGAGGAUCCAAUGCACCACCGGCAGCCGGCAGUGCAACGCCGUCGCCCGUUACCAAUGCUGCUGCUGCAGCAGUAGCCUCGGCAAACACUAGUAAUAAUAGUUAUAGUACUCCUGCCCUCGUCAGUAGCCAUCCGCCGAACAGCAGCAGCAACAAUAAUGGCGCCAGUAGCAACAGUACGCAAUCAGCGAUGGGUGACGGUAGCGCGAUAGUCACUGCCGCCGCCGGCCCAAUCAUCGCCCCCGACGCCGUCGGUAAAGUGAUGUGGGGGGAUGGGGGGAUGGUGCCACCACCGGUGCAAAACAGCAUCGGUGGCGGCGGCGGCGGCGGCAACAUUGUAUCCAGUGAUAACAACAAUCCUACUAAUAGCGGUAGCAGCACUACCGAACACAACGGGUUGCCUUUAGAGCAGCUGAAGCAGCAGCUACAAAAUCAGCUUGAUUACUAUUUUUCGCGGGAAAAUCUUGCGAACGACACAUAUCUUCUGACACAAAUGGACAACGAUCAGUACGUGCCAAUCUGGACCAUUGCGAACUUCAAUCAAGUGAAGAAGCUUACCAAGGACAUCAAACUGAUAACGGAGGUGCUGCGCGAGUCGCCGAACGUACAGGUGGACGAGGAAGGCCUAAAGGUGCGCCCGAACCAUAAGCGGUGUAUCGUGAUAUUGCGUGAAAUAUCGGACAACACGCCGGUCGAGGACGUUAAGAACAUUUUCCAAGGCGAAAAUUGUCCGCGCUUCAUUUCCUGUGAAUUUGCCCACAACAACUCUUGGUACAUUACGUUCGAAUCGGACGAAGACGCCCAGCAAGCGUUCCGAUAUUUGCGUGAGGAGGUUAAGGAAUUCCAGGGUAAGCCAAUCAUGGCGCGAAUAAAGGCCAAACCAAUGAACCGGUUACCGAUAACGCCGGUCGGUGGCGUACCGAUGAAGAACGGGCUGAACGGUUUCAGGACGACACCGCCACCGGGUACGGCGGUUACGGCAGCAGCGGUGGGCGGUGUCAUCCAGCCGACGGCGGCAUCGGCAGCGGCAGCAGCGGCUGCCGCAGCGGUGGCGGCCGGCGUGUCCACCGCGACCUACGAUCCGGUACAAACGGCGGCAGUCAAUGCCGCCGCCAUUGCCGCGUACACCGGAGGACAACGUUACAUACUGCAGCACAAUGCUCCGUUGCAGCAGGGGUACAACCCUGCCGUUCAUGUGUUUCCAUUCCAGCAGCAGCCACUGUACAGCGGAUUCGUGCCAUCGUGGCAGCCCGCACAGGGCAACUAUUUCGAUAUGAGCCCGUACAUGACGAAUGGAAUGCAGCCGGUGACGGUAUUUUCAACCGGUGGCAGUACGCCGGCGGCUAGUGGGGGAGGUGGCGGCGGUACGGCCGGCGGUGGCAAACAGCAGAACGGCAGGUACGGCGGAGGAGUGCCGGGUGGUGGUGGUAGUGGCGGUGGCCACCGUCAAAAUCCUCGCAACAAACGCCAGCAGCAGCAGCAGCAGCAACAGCACGGAGGCCUUGCCAAUAACGAUGGUCAAUCGGUUACAACGAAUAACAGUGUCACCGGUACAACUGGUGGCGGUGGUGGUGGUGGUAUGCACCGGCAACAGUCGAACUAUCAGACGCAAAGCGCCGGUAGUGCCGGUGGCGUUACCUCUGCCACCGGUGUACAGUCGCAGGUGGCCACCAGCUAUCAGGCAUCUGCUGCCGGGGCAGGAGGCAAAAGUGCUGGGCUGCUCGGUGGCAAACCUGCCACGGCUGGCACGGCCACCGGCAUGGCGACAAUACCGGGCACGGUGUUCGUUCCCCAGUAUGCGCACUACGUCGCUGCGGCACCGCUGCAGCAUCAACAGCAGCAACAGCAGCAGCUUUACAGUGGCCAGCAGCAGCAGCAGCAGCAGCAGUCGGACGGUGGAGCGAUGGAACUGAUCGUGCGAACCGAUAUGCAGCAGCGACAGCAUUUGUACGAGGACGACGGUAGCGCAUCGGUCGGUGCCAACACGGUACUGGUGCUGCCUACCUACGCUGCCAGUGGUGCAGGCGGUGGUGGUGGAGGUGGUGGUCGCAAGAAUUCCAACACCAACGCCACGAAUGCGUCCAUCAUGCCAAUCGACGGCUCUCAGCAGCAGCAGCAGCAGCAGCAAUCUUGGGUACCGAAUCAGCAGCGGCGGAACCCUCGCCGAAGGAAGGACGACAUGAUGAUGUCGAUCGAUGGUGGCGGCAACGGUGGCGUUGCGAACGUUUCCGGCGGCAUGUACGGUACUACCGGUGGCAACAUGCGUCACACUACGGCCUAUAGUAACAGUAGCAGCAACAAUAACGGUAGCAGCAGCAACAGCGGUGGUGCAGCCAGUGUGAAUAAUACCAGUAGCAAUAAGGUUCUCAUGCAUACAACUAGUCUCAACCAAUUGACGCCUUCCACCGGUGGAGGAAGUGGUGGCGGUGGAAAGUACCAGGGCCGCGGGGGUGGUGGACGCGGCAGUGAUAAUAAUGGAUACGUCGGUGGUAUGAUGGUGGUCUCCCAGGAGCAUCACGGCGGUGGUGGCUACCACGGCUCGCACCAUCAAAGUCGGAACGCGGCGGGAGCGAGCACGGUGGCGCCAUCUGGCGGAUUACUCGAUUCUAGUUCUUCCUAUCAGCAACAGCAGCACGGUGCUGGUGGCGGUGGUCAUAAUAAGCAGCAGCAGCAGCAGAUGCAGGAUAUGAUGCAUCAUCAGCAGCAGCAGCAGCAGCACCAGCAACAGUAUCACCAGCAUCAGCAAAUGAACCAACACCUUAGCCAUCAUCAACAAUCGCACCAUUCGUCGUCGUCCGGUGCGAGCAAUCAUCAGGCGCAGCACAACAGCAACAGCCACGGCCAUCAUAAUCAAGCGCAGGGAGCGGGGCAGUCGCAGUCCCAGCAUCAUCACCAACAGCAGCAGCAACACCAUGCGUUGCAGCAGCAAUCUUCUCACCAGCACACGCAGCAACAAUCGCAGGUCUCCGCGGCAUCGCACCAUCCUCAUCAUUACCAGCAGCAACAGCAGCAGCAUCCGCACCAUCAACCAUCGGCAGCCGGAGGGUCGUCAGCGGCGGCGAACAGUAGCAGCAGCAGUAGUGCGGCCACCAGCUCCACCAACACCAACCACGCCUCUUCCCACAGCAGCACCAGUGUUCAGUUCGAUCUCGAACCGGCGGCAUUUCCGCCACUGCCGGGCCACGAAGGCCGUAGCCUCACCGCGACGGGAUCGUCCGUGGGUGGUGGGUCCGCUGCCGGCAGUAACGCUUCGCCCGGUGCGGGAGGACGGUCCGGUUCCAAGGGUGGAUCGGGCUCCGCUGCUUCAGCUCACAGCCAAACGGCGACCCAUCCGCAUCCUGCCGGCGGUCUUGUCCCAGUGAAUGCUUCCGGCGGAAGUUCCAGUGCCAGUUCCUCCUCAACCGUCGCCCAUCGGAGUGAUGGGUCGGCGACGGACGGAGGACUCUCAUCCAAUGUAGCCACCGCAGCCGCUGCUGGUUCUGCGGCAGUGUCCGGUGGUGCCGGAGUGCCAUUAAGCGUCGGCACCGCACCACCACCGCCAGCACCGGUCGUAUCGGCCUGGGGGGAAAAUCAUCGGCUGGCGGACGUUGUCAAGGGUACGGCGAAGGCUGUCCGCCCAGCAGCAGCAGCGGGUGCUGCAACGGCGGCCGCAAUCGUGGCCGGCACCGCCACCGUACCGGUUGUGUCCGCCAACAGCAGUAGCAGCAUCGAGCUUAGUAAGAGUAGCGGUACGGUGAUGGAGGCGAAAGCAAACGAAUCCGGUCCAACGAAUGGUGGCGGCACUUCCGGUGCGUGUGGAACCAAUAGCAAUCCGCACCAGCAGCAUAAUCAACUACCUGUGAUAAAGGGCAGCACGAAUGCCUCAACGAACGGUGGUGGUGGUGGCAGUCAAACUGCUGCUGCCACCUCGUCCACCUUCUCCUCCACCUCCACUUCCUCUCCAGCUGCGACACCUUCGGUUGCUUCAACCACUGCUAAUGCUAGCGUCACCACCGCUACCGCUGCCACUACUACGGCUGAUAAAUCUACCAAGACUGACGUCUCGUUGUUGCAGAUGGCGCCCGCGUCAACGACGAGCCGGGCUACUUCCACCACUACCACUGCUGCGCUAGAUAGCGCUACCAGUAGCGGAUCGUCGUCGUCCGCCAAGGGAGACCACCCGGCGACUGUUCCUUCCGCACCCACAACGGCCAAUGCAGCCACUAUGACAUCGACUGAUUUCACAACCAAAUCCUCCACCUCCGUUACGUCGUCUGCCAUCGCCGCGAAAAAAUCGACCUCAGCGGCCGCUGCCACCAACCAUACCGUUCAGCAGCAGCAUGCCGGAAAGUCGUCGUCGAGCGCGGCGACGUCUGCCCAACCACCGCCUCCACCGCCAACCUUUUCGCUGCAAAACCACCCGCCGUUAGUUCCGCACGACAGUAGCAGCAGUAGUAGUGGGAGUACGGCAACGACGACGGCCAGCAGCGCCCCUCAGGUACGGUUAAGCUACGCCCAGGUAGCGCAACAUUUAGCCGAACAAAGCAGCAAGGACAAGGAACAGCAGCACGGUCACAGCGAGAAGACGGUCGGCAGCAGCACUACUACACCUGCCGCCUCAUCCUCCUCGGGUGGAGCGGGAGAGAAAGAGAACGGCAGCAGUGGUAGCAGUGUAACGGCGGGCACGGGUAGUUCUUCGUCGGCCUCAGAGAGUAACGCUUCGGUGUUGGCAGCAACGUCGACGACAGCCUCGUCCACCACUGGAGCUACUACCGUUCCGCACGGUACUACCGGUGGUGGUGGUGGCGGUUCGGCUAAUGCAAGUAACAAUAACUCCUCCGGUGGAUUUAUUGGUGUCGGAAGCAGGCGUAAAGAUUCGGGCGGCUCGAGAGGUUCAGCGGGCACGGGCGCUGCGCAUCACCACCAUCACGGCGAUGGCUUUCGAGAACAACGAGAUACACGCUACAGUCAGCAACACGGUGCAGGUGGAAACACCAACGCACGCAACUCCAAAGAUUACCGUCAGUCUUCCGGUGGUGGUGGCGGCGGCGGCCACACCAACGCCGUUGGAUCUUCCCUCCUCCAUUCCGGUACCGGCGGUGGUGGUGGUGGGCUGAGAAAUGCCACCUCCUCAGAGCAAAACAACAACAAUCACGCGCAUCACCACCAAGGAGGCGGAGGUGGUGGUGGCCGAAGUGCCGGAAAUAACAAUAACCACCACAAUAACAACAAUGGCGGUGGUGGAGGAAAUGCAAAGUCUCUUGCUGCUGGUGGUGGUAGUGGCCGGACGGUACGCUCGCACCAGCUGAAGGACUACCAACAACCGCACCAGCAGCAGCACCAAACUCACCAGACACAUCCGCGCAGUCCCAAAUGAUGGCGCUUAAUAUGGAUCUAAAAGUGUGCUUGAUGAUGACACCCGCCUGAUGAAAGGAACGUUCUUUCAAGCACAACCCCAACACACACCACCACCAGCAUAGCAUGCAGACGAUGAUGCGGACGUUGGACAUCGAUGUGCAUCGUAAUUGUAAGAGACUCCCAAGGGGAUAUAUAUGGUAGCGGUACGGCAGCUGUUGUUGUAUUGCUAGUAGUAGUGGUAGCCGUGAUGAGCGCGUAUAGGAAUGGUGUGGUGUAUGUGUGUAUUGCGAGGAUAAUAGCCGGAUUAAUGGGAUAAUCAGCGAAGCGCGAAGAGUGUAUAAGAAUGCUCUUUCUUUAGUGACAACGCUUUCUUGUCAUUACUGUUAAGAGCAAUGCGUUGAAUAUUGAUUUCGUAUUAUUUUCUUCUUUUUGUUGAGGGAAAUGUUCAGCAUCAGCAUCGUUUUGUGGAACAAUUAUUUCAUUUGCCUGUAUUUGAGGAUACGAAUAUCAGAAAAAAACCGUGGAUUUAAUGGCACACACACAUCCCUUUACUGUUUAUUGCUUGUUUGGAUGUUUUAUUAAGUAAAAUUUCAAAACUUCACACUGAAUAGUCAGCACAAAUAGCGUUGCUCGAUAGGCAAACCUUAAUGCUCACGACUGCUGCACCGAGGAGAAAGAGAGGGAGCGAGAGAGAGAGAGCGAGAGAUAGCGAACGUUAUGUUGAUGAAUCUCACCGGCGGGGAAGGAAGCAAAUAUGAUAUUGGUGAUGCUGUUUUGCAAGUUGUACAACGCGUUGUAAAGCGGUCGCUAUUUGGAAAAUGCACUCCCAUCAUCUCUUCUGUGUCGUGGCCGCCCCACACACCAACAACACGCCGUCUUCGGUUAGUCUAUUUGUUCGCCAAGUGAGGGAAGUGAAAGAGCGGUGUUUAAUCACAGCGCCAGAAAUAAAUAUGCUGCUAGCUGGCAGGUGUUUUUAAGGUGGCCAACGCUUUGCAAUAUACACAAAUACCAAAGCCAUACUACUACCAUCAAACGAAACCGGGGUUGAGCUGUGCGAGAGAGAGAGAGCGCGUGCAUCAGUGGGGUGGGCGGGCUUUGGGUGGGUUUGUUUGUGUCGAUUUGUUUAAUUGUUUUUGUUUGCUUGUUUGAGUCAUUGCAAUGUGUUUGUGUCGUGUGUGUAUGUGUGUGUGCGUGGAACAGGAUAACGUGUUUUUCAACACUAUCGAGUCAGCAAAAGGGAAAAAAAUCUAAAAGCUUCAUAAAAUUUGGAUAGCAAAUUGUAUUUCGAUCGACACACACAUACACAUACACACAUACACUCUCACGACCUAUAUGAAUGAAAAUAUUUGUUUUUUUUAUCUAAUUAUUACUAUUAUUUUGUUUUUUUUCUACCAUUUCCCUGUUACGUUUUGUUUUGCCUCCUUCUCUGCGGGCGGACAUGAACGCGCGCGCGCGCGCGAUGACCUCUAAAGAGGCCGCACUCGAACCGAAUCCGCGUGUCCGCCGCCAACUUAUCAUUAUUGACUUUAUUAAUUAUUAUUAUUGCUACAUUUCUUAAUAGUGCGCGGAAGCAGGAUAGCACGCGGUUAACAUGUAAGCCUAUUGAUAGCUCUUUUUAACUGCAGUUCUUUGUUAAUUUGUUGAUAAUCGAUUCGUGUGAUGGGUAUAUAUUGGGGGGGAAACACAAGCGCGUGGGUAGAGAUAAGUACCGGAGGCUUCCUGACCCUCGUGGAGGGAAAGCUGGGAAGAAGAAAUACAGGCAUACAGGAAUGAUGAACGCGGAAGGGAGGAGUGCGGUGUGUUCCAAAAGCACAGGAAAAAUCUGUUACUAAAAAGCUGUGUAUGUGUGUGUGUUAAUAGUGUUUGCGUGCUAGAGUGCAGAGUGGAAAAGGGAUAUGAAGGUGGAUAAUUUAAAGCACACACACACACACACACACACACACACACACACACACACAAACACUAGCUAUGUUCUCUGUUCAUUAGACCUGUAUAUAAUAAUAGCGCAAACGGACGGGGGUUUUGCGGUGCGAAAACUCACACACAAACACACACACACACAGAAACAUCUCGAUCUCGUUUACGCGGUCACAAACCAAGUGCACUAGGGAAGCUCUUUGGUUUAGUUUUAUGUUGAGGGGCUCAUAACGGAUUUCGGAUGCAGAUGAUGGUGGUGCACUGUGUGGUGGAUACGCGGACAGUUGGUUUUUGCUGAUAGUGACAGACUCGCGGCACCCUCCAUUAAUGGUCCCAGGGAAAGAAUCGUCGAAUAGAAAGAACAGUUCGUGGUGCAUUUGUGUCGCCUCAGGGCUAUCUGACAUGACUAAUAGCGAAUGCUGGAGGACUUUGGUAGCCAAGCGCUGUAGCAUUAUCAUUAUCGAGAGUCCUUUUCUUGUGACUCCAGUCGCUGGACAUCGCAUUGAUCCUACAUCCUACAAAGCUGUCCAACUCCUCGGUCGAAACUCGGUGACUUGUGACCUUACACACGCAUUGCUCUCGGUUUGACUUGAGAGCCUCCCGGGGAAGCAAAGGAGUGAGCUAAAGAAUCUGUUGCCAUCAGCAUAACUAAUUGUCCGUCCAUCGUAUCUGUCGCUGAGAUAGGAAAGUCGAGGUAGCGUGAUAGCAGAGUUAGGGGUCUAGGCAAGCUUAUGCCGUCUAUUUUGCUAGUAAUGAAAUGGACUGGAGCGUAGCCGUAGAAGCGGCGGAUAGCUACAAGCUAGUGGAUCUGCAUCUCUAACGCCUAAAAAGUAAUAGAGACCGAUUAGAGCCUUCGGUUACUAGCUAGGAAAGCGUGUAAUAGGUACGCCUAAAGUUAAGAAGCUGUUGUUGGUGAGGGUUGUAGAAUCCUAGCGAGAGGUUGCGAGACACAUGCAGAGAGGCACCCUGUUUGCCAUUUCAGAUAGUUACCGCCGUCCUUUGUCCUAACCUAGUUGGCUUUCAGAUCAACCGACAGCCCUACACUACCACCGGUAUCGUCGAUUUUUGGAAAAAAAUUUCCUAGAAAAGCCUUUCCGGUCAGCCGCAGGGACGAAUUUUAUUGAACCGUUUUUACCAAUUUCUUAUAUUGACAAUCCGCGGCUAUAGUAGUGGUGAUGAUGUCCUUUCUGUUUCUGUUCUGUUCAGCUCCAUUCCAAGCACACAACUUAAGCGAGAGUUCUUUGCCGCGCCGCGGAUAACAAUCCUGUUCUGUUGUCUCCCUCUCGUCGUUAUCCAAGACAAGCAACGUGUGUGUGUGUGUGUUUUGUGCGCCGGGAGGGUGUGUUACAAUGCAAUUGAAUUGGUUAUCAUAGGAAAGUGCAGCAUGCACACACACAUACACACUCGCGUAUAGUAGCUUUUAAGAGCGCCAAAUGUGGAUUUCAUUUUUUUCGUUUCGUCCUCUCGGGUUACUCGCUAAAAAAAAACCCGUCCGGGGGGCCAAUUAUAUGUACAUCAGAAUUCCCAGCGAUUUGUGUGGGAAGACGGAGAGUAGGAUUCUGUUUUGCUUCUGGCAGUCAUAACAUUUGUUACGCGCCUUAUUACCGAUUGCCUAUCAUCUGGUUUUGUCUGUUUGCUUGCUCGUACGGUCCCCCGAAGUAAAUGAUGAAGACGAUCGUAAUGAUGCUAAGAUCAACUUGCGAUCCUUCGCCCCGUGCGUCACUCCCGGGGUGUGGUAGUAGCGAGAGGGUUUGGUAAGCGUUUGUUUUUUGCCUUUAUUAGUAGUAUGCCGUUUUAUUGUCUAAUGGGUUUGCUCCGUCAAUGUUUGUACUAGCGGGAAACUAUUUUUUAAAUCGAUCAUCAUCAAUGCCUUAGAUUUUCUGACCUUCCCGCGGAACUUUGGCGUGUGCGCAAAAGUGUAGCAGCAGCAGCAGCGCAUCGUCUCCUGUUGUCUGGCUUUUGUUAACGAUCUUACUUAAGAUACAAAGAGCCACACACACACACACAGACACAAUCCUUGGAAGGAUGAGCACGUGCAGGGGUCCCUCUGCUCUCUGGUAGUUAAAGCUUUAGUAAAAAGGAAUGAAGAGAAUGAAUAGAAAGUUGUGGCGGCUCAUACGAUUUGCGAACGUUUUAGAUAGAUAGACGCGCUACAAGGAUAUACAUACACAUAGAUAUAUAUACACAAAUAUAAAAACAUAUUGCCCCCGCCCCGGAUCUGUGGGGGGUGAUCCGCAUGAAGACACAUUUUAGAGACUGCAAAACUUAACAAAACAUACAACACGACGACAACGCCACACCGUUCGGUACUUGGCCGGCGAGGUGGUUGAGAAUGCGAAUCAAUUCUCAAUGCGCCUCGUUUUUUUUUGGAAUUGGAAGGAAUGUCUGCUGCUGGUGUGGUGUGGUGUGUACGUGGGAAAGAGCGGACAAGAGCGAUGAAGCGGAUGAGCUACACAAAACAACUAUGAUAUACAACCGUAGGUUAGCUUUGUAAUGGAAAUGGCGGGAAAGGCGGUAGAAGACGCUACGGCAAAGCUACACGCGGUAGUAGUCCCUUCCGGGGUAGUCCUGUCCUGUGCGUUCGGCAUUGAACCGUUCGUUACGCAACACUGCAAAACAAAUCGGGGAAAAAAGGGCCGUUCCCCCGAAGUCAAGUCAAAUAGGGCAUGCAAUUGCUGGUACUGCAAUAGUCGGAAAGAGAGAGAGAGAGAGCUGAGCUGUGUUGUGGAUGGGCUCUGAGCGUGUGUGUGGAGCGCCGGUAAAGUGUAGGAUACUAAAGAAUACUUAGAAUUAAAGUGCGCGAAGUUAAAGAGCAGGAAGAGAGCGAGAGAGGGAGGGAGAGAGGGAGAAAGAAAGUUACAAUAUCGAUGUAGACAAGAAAGAUAUAUGGAUUAUAUAUAUAUAUAUAUAUAUAUAUAUACAUAUAAAUAUAUAAAUGUAAGGGAAAAAAAGUAUAUACAUUAUAUAUACACAUUACUAUAUACACAACUCUAAUGAUAAACGAAACAAAAAAGAGAAACAAACAAAAACAAAUGGUUAAAACAUAAGCGGGGGGGCACCGUUGAUUUAGAAGCAAAGGAAACAAAACAAACAAAAAAAGGAAUGGGAUUUGUUAAAAAUGCGAAGCAAAACCUUUGCCCUCCCUCCCUCCCUACAGCGCAGGGUUUCUUAUACGUGUGUGAACGGAUUAUCGCAAGGGCAGAAAGUAGUCUCUUCUGUGGGAAAGACUGAAACACUAUUGUCGGACCGAUGGGGUGAGGUUGAGAGGGGGGGGGGGGGAGUGGUGGGGGUAAACAAACCACUCCUUUCAUCCUUGGUGAACAAGGGAAACGAUACAAACGUGCUGCCACAGAUACUAGUUCGGUAGUCGGUAAUGGUGAUAAAGUUACUGUUGAGAAACGGAAGAGGAAGCGAUAGAGGAAGACAAUUGGAGGAUAUGAUGUUAGGAAUAAAACAAAAAAAUUAAGCAUGAGAAAACCUGCAACACACACACACACAAAUGCAUUAGAGAAAAUGAAGGGAGAAAAAGAAGGAAAUAAACACACACACACAAAUACGCAAACAAAAAAAAUUAUAAUAAAGCACGGGGAGUGAUUAGAAGCAACCGUAUAUUGAUCACAUGAUAUGAAAAGAUGUGGCAGAAAAAAAGAAGAGAAGAAAAAAAAACUACAAAAAACAAACCAAUUGGCAUAGAAAGACUGCAGCAAAAAUGGGGGCGGGGGAAGAGAAAAAGUAACCCCUAAGCCAGGUGAAUUAUUGGCCACAUACAACACAUUGGCGUGCAUGUGCGUGUGUGUGUGUGUUGUGUUUAUGUAUGCAAAAUGAUGCCCCAUUGAUGCGAGGAUGGGCCGGAACCAAAAUAUGUUUAAAAUAUAUGGUAGCUUAAAAAUCAAAAAGUAUAUAGGGAGCGAAAUGCGGUGUGAGCGAGAGGAGUCUAAGUGACUAAAGUCCUGUUGAAUGCCUGUCUCCUACCGUAAAUAUCUCCACCACAAACAAACAAAAUCCCCCAACCACCACACAAACUCCCAAAAUGUGCGAUACUAUUAGAACGACCAAGCCGGUGGCAGGAAACGGACGUAGAAUGUUGGGCGUGUUAAUGAGACAAUGUGACAAGACCCGAAAGCCUUGAGCUCCACGGUGGUGGUGGAGGGCAGGCAAGAGUAUAGUAGUGAAUCAUGAUGGUUAAGCGAAUUUGAACGUUGAUAAUACCUACUCUAGUUGCUAGCAAGGAAAAUGUAAAACAGAAACACCGACACAACAAAUAAUUGGGUGAGACGAGACAGUGAUGGGUGGCGCGACACGCGCAAAAAUAACAAAAAAGGGUAAAAGAAAAAUACAAAAACAGUAACAGCAAAAGAAAAAAGAGAGAAAAUAAGGAGCAAAAAAAAAAUCAACAGAAGGAAAGAGAAAACAAACAAACAAACGUUGUUGUAAAAUAAGUAACACAGAAACACACGGGAGGAGCAAAGAGUGUUGUAAGUGGGGUGUAAUACACGCGAACCGGAAACCUCCCCCCCCUCCCGUGCUAUUGUGAGGAGUGGUGGGGGGGAGGGAAGGAUAAGAAGGAGAGAAGAAAAAUCCCCCGAGAGGUGGGAGGAGGAGGAGGAGGAGGUAGUGUAGGAGGAUCCCGGAAGUGUGUGUGUGUUAGUAGGCGAGUGAAGCAACCGUCUACUAACUACUACACGCGCUGAUAUGAAGUAUAAAAGUAAAAAAAAGAGUAAAAAAGCGAAACUACAAAACAAACACAAAAAAAUACAAAAAA